GAAACAUCUUUUAUUUUUAUUUAACCAUUGUUUUACUUAUUCAAAUACUGUUUGACCAAUAAUAGUUAGAACUCAACUUUUAAUCAAUUGUUUGCAAUUUGUAAUCUUGACUUUGAAUUCUAAAUUCCAAAAAGCUAUUGAUGAUCGUCAAUGCACCAUUAUCGAAAAAUCGAGAAUUUAAGCAAUCUUUAAUUGGUAUAUUCCAUUCAGUUCGUCAAAAUAAUCGUCACAUGAAGUAUAAGCAAAAUAAAUUUAAACGAGAAAAAUGAGUUCACAAAAAAUACUUAUCAUCUAACUGCCCCUUAAACAAUUUGUGUCAAAUCUUAAUGUAUAUAACAGAGACAAGAACCCGUAUACGCCAAUUAGUAAUAUGAUUAUGCUAUCUAGACAUCUAGUAUCCGAAAAAAUCAAAUUGAUUCGUACUGGGACAAGCUUUCAAAUAUUUGUAAUAAUAUUAAUAUUAAUCUUUUUAUAUUUACAGGAAUUUGUCUAUAAUGUCAUAUCCAUUACCUCCAUAUCAAGAAAUGAGUAUUGUAGAACAAUAGGCAUUAGGAUUAGGAACAAUGGCUAGCGAAAAUAAUUCUGACACGCUAUCUAUUGAAACUGUAGCCCAAAUCAAAUACAAAAAUUUGCCGUUUUAUGAAGUUAUUGAUGAAGUCAUUAAGCCAACUCUUCUAACUGGCACGAACAUUUGUACAUUAGCACAAUUCCCUGAAGGUAUGAAAGAAGCUAUAUUCAAACUUGUUCUGUCACGCGAACAAGUCAAUUUCGUAUCCAUGAAUCGAACAAUUUCUCAUGGAAAAUUUGAAUAUCCUUAUUAUCAGUACCAAAUUCGAAUUUGCCAGUUUAUAGAGCCUGUACCUAAUGAGUCACCAGAUUAUAUGCCUCUUGGACUACGCAUACGAGUUAAUACGAGAGAAUGUCAAUUACCACUAAUUCCUUUUAAUGCUCAACCAGAAUUGACCCUGGCAUUAAGACUUGAAUGUAGACGAUCUGCAGACCCUAUCGAUUGCACUGAAAAUGUCAAACUUUCUCCAAUCAAUUACAACGACAUCACUAUUAAUUGGAAUCCGGACAACAAAAAAUACGUUUUUUCAAUGUAUCUGGUAAAGAAAUUAACGGCAGAGACUUUAGUAAAAAAACUUCAAGACAAAGGCGGGAGACCUAUAGAAGAAACAAAAAAUAUUAUAAUUGAAACGUUAUCAAAUGAUGAUCCAGAAUUAGCUACUACGUCUACAUAUCGUUUUUCUUUGGUGUGUCCAUUAAGUAUGAUGAGGAUGAAAAUUCCUACUAAAUCCAUUCAUUGUGAUCACUUACAAUGUUUCGAUGCCACAUAUUUCAUUUUAAUGAAUGAAAAAAAGCCAACUUGGAAGUGCCCAAUAUGCAACAAACCUUGUUUUUAUAAUGAUUUACUAGUAGACAAUUAUUUUUUAGAGGUCGUUUCAAGUCCAACCCUUAAAGACUGUACUAAUGAAGUUGAGAUUUUACCUGAUGGAACGUGGAGGAUUUAUGAAGAUAUAAAAAAAAUUGCUGAGUUUGGCUGGAAUGUGGGAUGGUCGUACAUGAAAAGGCGAAUGACUAUUAUACGGACAUCAUCAGUGUAAAAUUAUUAUUAUAGAUCAUAUAAUAUGUUAGUUUGAAAUGUUUAAAUGUAAUAAAAGUGUUUACAAACAUAAA